UAGAGAGGCUACCACCACCUGUACACCCCACUUCCCACCCACGGGUAAAGUGGCGCCGCCUACGCACAGGAAAAGUCCCUGGGCUCCCGCCCCGGCGCGGAGACCACCGUGGACAUCCGGGGCCGGGAGGCCGCUCUGGCCCCAAACGGAGCCUCUCGUUGGUAGACUAGCCCGAGGGAGCCCUUCUGGGCGCAGCGCCGCUGAGCUGCUCUAUGCUCCGACCGGAAGUGCUCUUCACCGCCUGCCUCCCACCCAGCUCUCUGGUCCCGGCGGUAAGAUGGCGGCUGCCGCGGAGUGCGAUGUGGUAAUGGCGGCGACCGAGCCAGAGCUGCUGGACGACGAAGAGGCAAAGAGGGAAGCAGAGACUUUCAAGGAACAAGGAAAUGCAUACUAUGCCAAGAAAGAUUACAAUGAAGCUUAUAAUUAUUAUACGAAAGCCAUAGAUAUGUGUCCUAAAAAUGCUAGCUAUUAUGGCAAUCGAGCAGCCACCUUGAUGAUGCUUGGAAGGUUCCGGGAAGCUCUUGGAGAUGCGCAACAGUCAGUGAGGUUGGAUGACAGUUUUGUCCGGGGACAUCUACGAGAGGGCAAGUGCCACCUCUCUCUAGGGAAUGCCAUGGCAGCAUGUCGCAGUUUCCAGAGAGCCCUGGAACUGGAUCAUAAAAAUGCUCAGGCCCAGCAAGAGUUCAAGAAUGCUAAUGCAGUCAUGGAAUAUGAGAAAAUAGCAGAAACAGAUUUCGAGAAGCGAGAUUUUCGGAAGGUUGUUUUCUGCAUGGACCGUGCCCUAGAAUUUGCCCCUGCCUGCCAUCGCUUCAAAAUCCUCAAGGCAGAAUGUUUAGCAAUGCUGGGUCGUUAUCCAGAAGCACAGUCUGUGGCUAGUGACAUUCUACGAAUGGAUUCCACCAAUGCAGAUGCUCUGUAUGUACGAGGUCUUUGCCUUUAUUACGAAGAUUGUAUUGAGAAGGCAGUUCAGUUUUUUGUACAGGCUCUCAGGAUGGCCCCUGACCAUGAGAAGGCCUGCAUUGCCUGCAGAAAUGCCAAAGCACUUAAAGCAAAGAAAGAAGAUGGAAAUAAAGCAUUUAAGGAAGGAAAUUACAAACUAGCAUACGAACUGUACACAGAAGCCCUGGGGAUAGACCCCAACAAUAUAAAAACAAAUGCUAAACUCUACUGUAAUCGGGGUACGGUUAAUUCCAAGCUUAGGAAACUAGAUGAUGCAAUAGAAGACUGCACAAAUGCAGUGAAGCUUGAUGACACUUACAUAAAAGCCUACUUGAGAAGAGCUCAGUGUUACAUGGACACAGAACAGUAUGAAGAAGCAGUACGAGACUAUGAAAAAGUAUAUCAGACGGAGAAAACAAAAGAACACAAACAGCUCCUAAAAAAUGCGCAGCUGGAACUGAAGAAGAGUAAGAGGAAAGAUUACUACAAGAUUCUGGGAGUGGACAAGAAUGCCUCUGAGGACGAGAUCAAGAAAGCUUACCGGAAACGGGCCUUGAUGCACCAUCCAGAUCGGCAUAGUGGAGCCAGUGCUGAGGUUCAGAAGGAGGAGGAGAAGAAGUUCAAGGAAGUUGGAGAAGCCUUUACCAUUCUCUCUGAUCCCAAGAAAAAAACUCGCUAUGACAGUGGACAGGACCUGGAUGAGGAGGGCAUGAACAUGGGUGAUUUUGAUGCAAACAAUAUCUUCAAGGCAUUCUUCGGCGGUCCUGGGGGCUUUAGCUUUGAAGCAUCUGGUCCAGGGAAUUUCUUUUUUCAGUUUGGCUAAUGAAGGGCAACCACCCAGAACCCAGAACAUGCAGAUUUGCUCAGUUUAAUCUUGAAUGUGGAAACAGUUCACCUCCUCCCUUCAUCGCGUCUCCGUGUACUUAGAGCAGUUUCGUUUUCUCAGUUGGAUGCCCUGUGUCUCUGUGAGUGGGUGAAGCAAAGGGAACCAAUGCUGAAGACUGCGGGCAGGGGAGGGAGGCGGGGGGUGGACAGGGAGGCAGCUUGUGAAUUUUUGUUUUACUGUUUAACUUUAUUAAAAAAGGAAAAAAAAGAAGAGAAUAAACUGUUUUGGCCCUU